AUGGGCAACAGUCUGAGCGCUUCAAUAACAUCGCCAACUGUUUCAGACAAAGUCGAUUCCGGAAUUCUCGGUCCCGCACAGAGAUCCGAGUCGAAAUCUACUGAAAACCUUCCGAAAUCAUCUUCAAAUGUGAAAUCUACUUCCGAAUUAGGACCAUCUCCAGGCAAUAAACCGACACCGAAUCCAGUGGUCGGAGCUCCAAUGAUCAAACCGCCAGCGGAUACGGUCACGAAAGCGCCCGACAACUCGAUUUACGACACCCUCGCAAUGACACCUGAACCAAAUUGGGAAUCGAAACGAUUGAAUCAGAAUUUGGUGACGAAGAAGACGAUGAGUCCAAUGAAAAAUCAAUGA